AUGGCCUCAAACAUAAACCUGUCGGGUACCCCCGAGCAAACCGAUAAUGAUGUCAAGGAGAUGUCUCGCCUUAUCCUAGAUAUCGUAUUCGAAUACGCCCUCAACAAGUUCGACGAUUCUAAGGAUCGCUUGGAAUGCGGCGCGGAUCUCUUCAUAUCAGUAAUUGCUCAAUACGUCGCAGAAGACAAGCAGAUCGAGGCCUGUCUUCCGGCGUUCCCCUUCAAAUCGGCAAACAAGGUGCACAAAGUGCUGGGCACUAUGCCGGACAAGGCCGAGGAGCUGGCUCUUGAACGCCUGAACUCGAUGUGUACCCGUAUCCAAGCUGUUUACCCACCUGGAUGUCAAGUCACGAUCGUCUCCGAUGGCAUCACCUAUAAUGAUCUGUUAUCCAUAUCCGAUCAAGAGACUUGGCAAUACGGUGAUGCACUCCAGAAGAUGGCUACCAAGAAGAAGUUCCACUCUAUCAAGUUCUCUCACAUGAGAGACUUGAUUGACAUUGAUCUACCAGAGAAGCUGCGAGAGAUUACCUACGUCGCUAACUGCACAACCUUCCGCCGGCUACUCAUCAACAAGUACGGCAGAACCGACCUCGAUAUCGACGACGAAAUUGCCAAUAAUACCGAUACGAAGUUGACAUACCUGGGAUACAAGAGAUUCCUGGAGUCUGACUUGAAAUACAUCUUCCCCCGAGGCGCUGAUCGCACCGCCAAUGGCUAUCGGAGGGAUUGCAAGUAUCUUGCCAAGCAGAUGAUAAUCCGUGGAUAUGCCUUUGCUGGCGCUGUCAAGGACGCUUACCCUAACCACUUGCGUCUGUCUAUCCACGAAUCGAUCGGUCUGAACAAGGUGUCAGUGUGUCUUCUCAACACUAGGACCGGUUUCACAACCCCUUGGCACUGCAGCGUUGCGCAGCUGGCCAACGGGGAAUGGAUCAGCGCUCCAAUGGGCGAGUUCAGCCGAGAUAACAGGCUAGAAGUUGUCUACGAGGAUGGAAAGCCCAGCUACUUCAAGGAAAAGCCGCAGGACGGUCUUGGGAUUGCUGAGUCUACUGCGUCGUACCUUCAAGUGGCCAGACCAAUCAGCGCCAGUGGAUACAUCAGCGGAGCAUCUACUCCAGGCACAAGGUCGAGGUCAGCGUCGAGGGCGGGUUCACCUUCGCGGAACUCAUCUGGCCCGUCAAGAGGAGUAUCGCCUGCCCCGCCAUCUCCUGGUCUGCUUGCUCGCUCUUUAGCUGCCUUGGGUGGCGGGAGCUCUCGAGCUACCACGCCGGAGCCUCCCCUCCUGACCUUGAACAAUCCGGAAAUCGUCAUCGAGGGUGAUAUCACUAGCCCCUCGUAUGUGAAGAAGAUGCCAACUCCAGAACUAUAUGGCAAGAGACUCAUUCCUCAGAUCAUGGAUAGUCUCGCGGCUAGCGAUCCCGAGCGCGUUGUUUUCUCGUUGGCAACUCUCUCGGGAAACUCGGUUGGGCUUAGACAUAUUUCUGCUCGCGAAUUUUCUAAAGCUGUCGACAAGACAGCUUGGUGGCUCCAAGAACAGGCCGGAAACACGCAAUUCGUUCAACCUGUGGGAUAUAUCGGACCACAUGAUCUGCGACAUAUUUUGUUAACCUACGCUUGUGUUAAAGUCGGAUACGCGGCCCUGUAUCUGUCUCCUAAGAACAAUACGGAGGGAGCUCUAGCUGUUUUAGAGGCCACCAAUUGCAAUAUCUGGGUUAAUGCUAUAGACGCAACCCCAGUUCCUCUAGUGCGGGAGUUUCUAGAGCAGCGAAGCAUGAAGGUUCUACAGCUGCCUCUUCUGGACGACCUUCUGGAUGCUGGUUCUACUGAUCCUUUCCCGUACGAGAAGACGUUUGCUGAAGCUAAAAAUGAUCCUUUCUGUUACCUUCACACGUCUGGCAGUACUGGAGUGCCGAAGCCUAUCCCCUGGUCCCAUGGACUGAUCGGAACCAUGGAUGCAAUCAGGCUGCUGCCGCCAGUUGACGGUGAUGGUGGCCUGGAGCCUUGGACUAAGGAUUGGAAAGCAGGGGAUAAGAUAUACUCAUCAUUCCCAAUGAGUCAUGGGGCGGGAAUUAUCAUGGACAUCCUGAUGCCAGCUCUUUUCCAACUGCAAUGUGUAUUGGGACCAGCCAAUGUCCUACCCAACCUGAACCUCAUUGAGAACCUGGCAGAGAAUGCCCAGAUUGACAUCUGGAGCAUGGUUCCAUCUCUUGUCGAUGAGUUGGGUGAAACGCCCGAGGUAUUGGCCAAGUUCAAGCCAUCCAAGUUCAUCUGUGCUUCUGGUGGUCCCGUCAGCCCUGUCAGUGCGGGCAAAGUGAACGAAGUCAUCAGAGUGCUCAACUUGACUGGCACAACGGAAGGCCUCUUCAUCGGUAAUCUUGUGACGAAGCGAGAGGACUGGUUUUGGUUCUGUUUCCAUCCCUACUCUGGCUUUGAGUUCAAGCAACUCGAGGAAGACACCUACGAGCAUUGGGUCCAUCGCAAUGAGCACUGGCCUUUAUUUCAGGGAAUCUUUCACACAUUUCCAGACAAACAUUCGAUCAACUUCAAGGACCUCUAUAUGAGGCAUCCCACCAAGCCUAAUCUGUGGGCAUUCAAGGGAAGAAGUGAUGACCUUGUGGUUCUUUCAAACGGGUAUAAGAUAUCGCCCUUGGAAACCGAAGCCUUCGUUACUACUCAUCCCGCGAUUAACGGAUGCCUUAUUUUCGGAACUGGAAAACCACAAGCUGGUCUCCUUAUUGAGCUCAAGGAUCCCUCAACCAAGACGGAUGAGCUUAUCGACAGUAUUUGGGAAACUGUCAAGAAGGCCAACUCUUUAUCUCGACACAAGAAUCAGCUCCUCAAGGACUUUGUCACUUUUUCAGAAGCUGAUAAGCCCUUCAUCCGGACGGAUAAGCGUACUGUCAAGCGUGCUGCCACUUUGGCACUGUACGCAGACUACAUUGAGCGGUUUUAUAGCUCCCGCACGGACGAGCUCGACACGUCUUUCACAGUGGAUUUGAGGUCUGAGGAUUCCGUGCAGGCUUGUAUCCGUCAGAUCCUUUCCUCCUCGAUCCCUGAGGUCAAGGAGUCUCCUGCCGACACGGACCUGUUUACACUUGGCCUGGACUCACUUGGCGUUUUUGCAGCUGUCAAGACGAUCCGGGCAGCUACAGGUCUAGGAGAGAAGAUCGCUACUCGUCAUAUCUAUGCCAACCCCACAAUUGAGGGCCUCUCUUCUCUGAUUGUGCGUACAGCAGCUAAUUUGAGAGCCCAAGGGGGAUCUAGCCUUGAAAAUAAGCAUGUUGACGACGAGGUCACACGAUUGAAGCAGAUGAUUGCCAAGCACAAAGCUCGACAAUCAUUUAGACUCAAUGCUUUCGACUAUGUCAACCCCAACCACGGUAUGGGUUUGGUCUUUUACUUCCCCCUUCGUGAUGGAGUCAGCAACGAGCAAGUGUUCUCCAAUCUCCAAGAGGGUCUGAAUCGGACCUUUGAUAUGAUCCCUGCCCUCGGAGGUAAAAUGAUGAACGCCUCGGAGCAGGAAAUUGGCUAUGUCAAAGGAGACCUGUGUGUUACCAUUCCAUCCCUUUCUAUGGCAUCCUCUGCCCACAACCGCUUGGUCUACAAGGAUCUCUCCAAGAUCCUUCCCUCAUUCGACAAGCUGAGAGAUGCAGGGUUUGCUCCGUCUGCAUUCAAAGAUAGCCUUGUCUUGCGGGAUGAUCCUUUCCCCAAAAUGCCAGCGGAUAUCUUUGUUGGGCAAGCCAAUUUUGUCGAGGGAGGUUGCAUCCUCGCUGUUGAUCUCAACCAUUGCUGUAUGGAUGGGCUUGGUGUGAUGAUCGCUCUGAAAGCUUGGGCAGAAAACUGCAGAUUCUUGCAGGGUGAUUCCUCGGCAACAUGCGAGUGGUUUGACCCUGAGAGCUUUAAUCACAGCUUGCCGGAGAUCCUCCAUGAGCAGGAGGGCUGGGCAAAGCCUCUCAGUGAAAUAGAUCCUGGUACAUGGAAUUAUCUACCCUUCCACCCACCCGAGGAAGAGGAUAUCAGCGGUAAGCAGUCCUCAGCCUCGAAGGAAGGAGCGCUCCCUCCUCGGCUUACAUUCCCUCUUCAUCCUAUCUGGCCUCUCCCUCAGGCUGAGAGACGUUUGAACACCACUCUAUUCUUGAUCAAGCCUGAAAAGCUCGCUCAAAUGAAGCGAGAUGUUAUGGCUGAUCCUGAAGCCAAGGGCGUAAUUUCAUCCAUCAGCGACAUCGUGCAGGCAUUCUUCUGGCGUGCCGCUAUUAGGGCAAGACACCGCAUCGCUACAGAGAUCCGCAAGCAGACCUUUAACUCUGAUGACGUCUCUAUUCUUGAGCUCCCCACUGACACUCGACCAUUCUUCUCGUCCCUUCUGCCAUCUACCUACAUGGGAAGCACUCUCCUGCUCAACAGAUCCAGUAUGCCAGUGGAGACGCUCUGCUCCUCAGAGACCAGCAUCGGACAAGUUGCGUACCUGCUACGACAAUCUGCCGCACGCAUAACCCCCCAGGUGGUUCACGAUGCAUUUACUAUUCUGCAGUCUCUCCCAGACCAUACCAGAUUCUCAACCGCUAAUAUGGGUACCGAGCACAUGCACGCGAUGAUAUCCAACAUGAUGCUGUUCCCAACUAGCGAGAUCAACUUUGGAGAGCAAAUAUUCGCCAACGCAGGCUCGCCUGAGUCGAUGCGUCCUCAGCUUGACCGUGGCAGUGGUCGUUUCCGAUUUUUGCUCAUUUUCCCAAUGAAGAAGGAUGGAGGUGUCGAGCUUGUUCUGGGCACCCAUCCCGAGGAGCUGGAGAUGUUCAAGGCUGAUAAGGAGUUUACCAAGUAUGCCGAGCUCGUGGAGGCUCUCUAG